CGCGUCUGCACGUCGGCCAGCACAGCAGACACCGCCAGACACUGCUUAAUAAACUAUUCCAACUAGCAGUAGUCGCUGCUCUCUCCGCUCUUUCUCUUGUUUUUCCUAUGGACGUCGACUCUUUGACACCGACGCAGAAGGCUGCCUUCGACCAGCUCCAAGCUCUCACGGACGGAGGAGAUCCGGAGGUCGCUAUCGGAGUACUUGCGAGCGUUGGUUGGGAUGUCCAGCGCGCUGCAGAAGUUGUAUUCGAUGGUGGAGCCCCGCCUCCCCCUGCUCCUGCUCCUGCGCAGCAAGCACCGCCCAUGGAACAGUUUGAACUCGAUGACUCCGAACAAGGGCUAUUGAGCGGACGAAGAGGUGGCCGAGAGUUUCGACAAGUGGAGUCAAACUCCUUCUCCUCCCUCGUGGCUCGCCCUAUCCGCCUCGUGUUCAAUAUUAUCGCCAUCCCGCUAUACCCUCUAUUCUCCCUCAUACGCUUCAUUUUCCGUGCGUUCCGCAUUCCACUUCCAAACUUCACAUUCUCGACGUUGUCCUACCGGCCGCUUGGACCGAGCCACGGCCGAGAAGCGAAGGACCCAAAGAGCGUCGCCGAACGCUGGGUACUCACCCUGGAGGAGGAGACUGGCGCCGUGUGCCUAAGCCGCAGCGGCCAGAGGCGCUCCAACGGCAGUGGCCAGCCGUCGGCGACGGGUAUCGCCGGUCCCUCGAAUGUUACUGCGAGAGGAAACGCUUGGGACGAGACCACAAGCGACAGGGACGUGAAGCUCCUUCCUGACUUCUUCUUGGGAAGCUACGAGGAGUUUGCGCGAAUGUGCCAGAGAGACUCCAAGAUUGGCUGUAUCGUGAUCGUCAGCGAGGAGCACGACGACGUGGCGGAGUUCAAGCGGAGCACUUUGACCGACCCGAGUUUCGUGCGUCUCAUUCAAGAGAACGAGAUCCUUGUAUGGGGUGGCGAUAUCCGUGACAAGGAAGCUUGGAGUGCGUCGCAGAAGCUCCAGGCUACCACAUACCCAUUCGUUGCAUUCAUCGCAUUGCAAUCCCGCCGCGCACCUGCAAGCGCCGCACCUCCCGCGCCCACGAUGACCAUCCUCUCCCGGCACCAGGGUCCUUCCAUCCCGUCCACAUCGGCACCCACCGCCGCACAGACGCUUGUCAAGCACCUGACCGAGCAGCUCCUCCCGCGCGUCACCCCAUUCCUCAACCAGCUCCGCGCCCAGGAAGCCGAGCGCGAUCGCGAGCGUGCGUUGCGCGCAGAGCAGGACCGCGCAUUCGAGGAGAGCCGUCGCCGGGACGCCGAUCGUAUCCAGCAGCGCGCGCGCGAGGAACGUGCCGCUGCUGAGGAAAGGCAACGCACCGCCGACGCUGAGGCUCGCGCAGCGGAGGAGCGCAGGAAGGCCGCUGAGGCGAAGAAGCAAUGGGUCGCACACCGCAUGGCGUGGCGGCGGUGGAUUCGGCGCGGGCUCGUCGUGCGCGAGCCGCGCCCCGGAGAGACCGGGCGCGGGAAGACGCUGCGUGUGGGCGUGCGGAUGCCCGACGGGCGGCGGGUCGUGCGGUUCUUCGGCGAGAACGACGCGGUCACCGCGCUGUACGCGUACGUCGACUCGCUGUUCAUCCCCCCGGAGUUCAUCCAGGACGCGGACCCGCCGACCCCGCCGGAGGGCGGCGCAGUGGGUGAACAGGGCCUGAUCGGCGAGAUGGUGGCGUCGGGGAAGCCCGCGGAGAAAUGGUGGGGCUUCAAGAUCGUUCUGGCGUAUCCGCGGCGGGAGAUCGUGUGGGAGGCGGAGAAGCGCGUCGGCGACAUCGAUGUGCUGAAGGGCGGCGGACAGGUCGUCGUCGAGCUCGUGGCGGACGAGUCGGAUGCGAAGGGCAAGCACAAGGCCGUCGCGGAGAGCGCGGAGGACGAUGAGUAUCACACCGAGAGCGACUAGAUGGUCCGAAGGGUUUGCUGUGGUGACAUAGAGGCCCUUCGGUUGGAGGCCACAUUGACAUGUUAGACGGUCACGGUAGGGUACUAAUGGAUGUUAAUGUGCCUAAUUUGCUUUACUGUCAUAUCUCGUAGGAAUGCCAUGGAUUUGCACCGUCGUGUUCUCC